AGCAAUUGCAUUCUAUACAGGCUUUAAGCGUGCAGUAGUAUUUAAAGCACAUUCCUGCUGCUUGAAAGGAAAACAUAGAAUGGUUGACUUGUGGAAAGUCGGGGUGUUGCUUGUUUUCGCAAUAGCGUCCGCAGAAGCUUUACGUUUUCCCUCAAGCGUUAAGAUUGCGUACCAAGGGGGCGAUUGCCAACCGGUCCAAAGCUUACAAAGCGGGCGAAACUACGGAUACAGUUACGAUGGGUAUAUACAGCACACGGACACAAAUCAAAACACAACUGGAUUCAGAUUAAGAUGUGUUAGUGUCAUUCUUAACGUCCUCGCACCAUGUUCCGCACGCAUGCAGCUGUCUGGCUGCUUGCUACACGAAGGUGUGUCUUCAAAGGACAUUGUGUUAAAUACAGAAGACUUGUCACCACGCUCAAGGAAAUUGGCUUAUGCAUUACAAAGGUUUCCCGUGUAUUUCCACUUCAACGCUGGAGAGGUCCUUAAAAUUUUCCUUCAUAAAAACGAACCUGCAGAUGUAGCCAACAUUAAAAAAGGAAUUUUAUCCACAUUGUCUUUGAAGUAUAAGAAUAAUGGAAUCAAAUAUCCACUACGGCAAGUUGUUGAUAUACCAACCACCAAUAUAUUUGGGUAUGGCAACACCAAACUUGUUGUUAACACAAAGACACGGAUAGCAAUAGCUAGAAAUGUUACCACUACCAAAACAGCAAGGGAUCAUCAAAUGCCGCAGAUACAAAACGGCAAGUCAACACUUAGAAUAACAGGAGCGAGCGAUUCAUCUUUGUUUACCUUGUUGCAAAACCAGUUAGAAGAACACUUCGGGGCAUCUGAUGCAACUCAAACUUGUAACUACCAACUAUACAGAGGAAGAAGAAUCGUUAGAACUUCGUGUUUUGAAACUCAUGAGGUUCCUAUGUUAAAGAAGUUUGGACUUCAGAACCACAUGUCAACUACAGUGAAACAAGAUCUUGUGUUAUACAGAGUAUACAGAUCACGAUCAGUGGACAAGUUAACACCAAGUAUUGUAGCGCAGUUUGAGCGCGACUACAAAGGUGAUGACCUUACCUACAGCCCACAGUGGACAGAGAGCAUUAUGACAUCACAAUCCACAUUUGAUCCAGUAGCCACACUCAAUGAGAUAUUUAAUGCAAUGGAUGUAGACGUUACAAUGCAAUAUACAAAGAUGCAGCUUUGGAUGGCUAACCAGAAUGCACAAACAAUAAUGGGAGUAUGGAACACAUUAUCACCAACAUAUCCAUCAUUCAAACAACCUCAAUUACUGAAACUAUGGAUUCUGCUGCUCAAUGAUUGCAUGGAUUCAAAAUGGUGCAAAAAUGUUGAAGAUUGCAGUCGACACCUUGGUUGCCAAACUGCAUUUACUUCUAUGCUACCAACUACAGCUUCAACCAUCUACCCACCCGAACAUAAGUUACAAUUGCUAAAUAUUCUUGCAAGUGUAAAACACCCAACAGAAGGGACAGUACAACGUGUGUUGUAUUAUGCAACUGAAAUUCUGGAUUCUUCGACUGUACUUGCACUGGGAAAGCUUGUGAACAAUCACAUUACUUCACCAUCUAUAUUGACAUCACCUGAGCUAGUGGAUGAAUGUCGAGAGUUCUUGCAUAACAUUGUAACCAACAAAUGUGCACUGUCCUCUCUAGACGAUGAAUCAGAAAAGAUUGCAAUUUAUGCCAUCAAAUCUCUUUCCCCUCUUAUGCAAGACUUACCGGAAGCAAUGACAGACUUAUCAGAUUGCGCUUCCAAUGCACCACCAUCUAUUGCACUGGCUGCGAUACAAGCAAUGAAUAACGAACAUGUUAUGACAUCUCCACCGGUGAGAAGACAGCUUAGACAAAUGUUUGAAAACAGCAAUAAACCCAUUGAGCUACGAAUGGCAGCCUUGCUUGUUUUAAUUAUGAAUGCGCCCACCAACCCUGAACUGUUAAGUGUAUUUGAAGUUGCUUCAGACAUCAACCAACCAAGAGGUUUGAGGGAAUUAGUUGCAAAAUUUCUUAAAUCACAAGUUUUUAUGUCUGGUUCUCAGCACAGCUCAAUUUCAAAUGACACCGCAGAAAGAAUCAUUGAAUGGGCGAAUGAAAAUGGUGGCCAACCAUUCACCAAAGCAACAAUUUUCAAGCAUACUGGAACACAAGAAGUCGUGAUUCCAAUAAUAAAUAAGAAACUAAACUGCACGAGUGAUUUAAAAAUUUAUUCCAAAGAUAUUCUCCCUGUUUUUGCAGAAAUAAAAGUCCACACUGAGAUAAACCAGAAGAAAAUUUCCCUUAUUGAGGCAAGUAUUGACACAGGACGGCUGCUGUCAAUAAUCUCACCUUUGCUUGGCCAUGGGGGUGUGAUGCCCCUUGAUACAUUGCAUGAGUUAUUGAACAUUCCUUUGUUUAAGUGGCUGGAGCCUGUGUUGGUCAAACCUAAACCUUUGUCUCAAACCCAGCAGACCAACAUGGAUAAGAUAACAGAGCAGUAUCGUAUUGCAAGGACACUUCUUCAAACACAAAAAACGCCAAUGAUGAAAUAAAGGUUCUGGGAGUUGACACUGACUUGUCAUCAUUAGCUGAGGUUCCACAAGUGGAGAAACUUAGCAUUAAACAACUUUU